ACGCUAUAACGACAGCACCGCCUCUUCUGCUGCUUCUUCUUCUGCUCUCUCCCUUCUCUUCCCUCUUCUUCGUUUCAAACGCGCUCGUUCCACAGGCGGCUUCAAUGGCUACUUUCGGAGCUGCUUCAACGGCCAAUCACAACCCCAACAAGUCGAUUGAGGUGACACAACCUCCUAAUGAUUCUAUAUCAAGUCUUAUCUUCAGUCCGAAGGCCAAUUUCCUCGUGGCAACUUCAUGGGAUAACCAGGUGCGGUGUUGGGAGAUAAUGCGGACUGGGGCCACUGUUGGCAGUGUGGCCAAGGCAUCAAUAUCACAUGACCAGCCAGUUCUUUGUUCAAGUUGGAAGGAUGAUGGGACUACUGUUUUUUCUGGGGGAUGUGACAAACAAGUAAAGAUGUGGCCAUUACUCUCUGGUGGUCAACCAGUGACUGUCGCUAUGCACGAUGCACCUGUCAAGGAAAUUGCAUGGAUCCCAGAGAUGAAUCUACUAGUCAGUGGAAGUUGGGACAAGACUCUAAGGUAUUGGGAUCUGAGACAGUCAAAUCCAGUUCACACUCAACAACUUCCUGAGCGCUGCUAUGCAUUUACUGUCAAACAUCCACUCAUGGUAGUUGGGACUGCAGAUAGAAAUCUUAUAGUUUUCAACUUGCAGAACCCUCAGACUGAGUUUAAAAGGAUCACUUCACCCCUGAAGUAUCAGACAAGGUGUGUUGCUGCCUUUCCUGAUCAGCAAGGUUUCUUGGUUGGUUCGAUUGAGGGAAGGGUUGGUGUACAUCAUCUUGAUGAUUCACAACAAAAUAAAAACUUCACUUUCAAAUGUCAUAGAGAGGGCAAUGAAAUAUACUCAGUCAACUCAUUAAACUUCCAUCCUAUACACCACACAUUUGCAACUGCAGGAUCUGAUGGUGCUUUCAAUUUUUGGGACAAGGACAGCAAACAGAGACUUAAGGCCUUUUCAAGGUGCAGUCAGCCUAUACCGUGCAGUACAUUCAACAAUGAUGGCUCAAUAUUCGCUUACUCGGUGUGUUAUGAUUGGAGCAAGGGUGCAGAAAAUCAUAAUCCAUCAACUGCAAAAACCCACAUUUUACUGCACUUGCCACAGGAAGUUGAGGUAAAAGGAAAACCACGAAUUGGAACCAGCGGCAGAAAGUGAAGCAGCUCACGGUGUCACAGACAGAGACUCGACGGGAGAGUAUGUUCUUUCUUUUGUAAAUGGAGGCUCCAAUCCUUUAACGAAUUCUUAUGUUGUCAAUGUGCAAGUUUUUGGCAGAAAUUACGAAUUUUAAGUUUUUUUUUUAGGGUUUGGGUACAUUUCAACCUUCUUAUUGUAACAGUGCCCUCAGGUUUUUGGGACUUUUGUAUCUUCAACCUUGUUGUAGUGUCACAAUAGUGCAUUUCUUGGUUGGGAAUUUUGUUAAACUUCA